AUGAUGUAUUACAACCACUCUCGGGAUGCUACUAAUAGAUUCAUUCAGGAAUACCGCACUAUCCAUCUAUAA